CCCCCCCCCCCCCCCCCUUGGUCAACUUUGUACCAACUUACUCCGGAACCCGUGAGAGAAAAGUCAUGCGUUUUCUGGAUUGGAAUUAGACAUCGACCCCGGGGCUUUGGAAAAAGAAAAAGGAAGCAUGUCCUCCCCCGGAGACCCGAGAGACGAGGUAUCAACGGACGAGGACGCGCGCGCGGCGCAGGUGCGCUGCCUGCCCUUCAGCGUGGACGCGCUCAUGUCGGACACCAAGCCGAGCGGCUUGAACGGAGAACAGGCGCGCGGGCCGGACGGCUCCUCUCAUCGAUUAGUAUCUAUUAUGAAAUCAGAGCCAUCGGAACCCCGGAUGUCCGGCCCCGUUAAGAUGUCUGCACCACCGAGGCAGCUCAGCCCGGCGGCCUGCUCCUUGAGGAAGCACAAGACAAACCGCAAACCUCGCACUCCCUUCAGCACCACGCAGCUGCUGGCCCUGGAGAGGAAGUUUCACCAGAAGCAGUACCUGUCCAUCGCCGAGCGGGCCGAGUUCUCCUCCUCCCUGUUGCUGUCCGAGACCCAAGUCAAGAUCUGGUUCCAAAACCGGCGGGCUAAAGCCAAGAGGCUCCAGGAGGCUGAGGUGGAGAAACUCAAAAUAGCGGCCGGCGUUGGGCCCAAAGCCGUGUUCCAACCCGGCUUCCCGUCGCUGGGUUUCCCCCUCGGUCUCAACCUGCAUGCCGGAUCGGCGGCGCUGUACGGACUGGGCUGCUCAUACGGCCGCAGCCCCAUUCUGCCGGCUGUGCAUCUGGCCAUGUGGGCCUCGCAGGGCGGCCACGGCCUGUUCCAGCCUGUGCACAGGCACGCCGACGCGUUCAAAGCAGAAGGACACGGGUACGCCGUGAAGUCGUCCAGCGUAUCAGAGACUUCGUUAAGGACCGUAGGCGGACCCCAAGUUUUAUGAUCUCAAAAGGUCGGUCUUAAUUAAUAUCCCUUUCACAAUGCAGAAUCUUGAAGAUCCCUUUUUGGCUAUUUGUCUCUGCUGAUUCAGCUUGGAUGAGGAAAAAUGAAUAGAACAUAUCAGGCCACACGUAUGACUGUUGUCCUGAAUAGCAGAUUGCAUUUGUCCUAGCUUUUUAUUUGCCUUUCUCUUGUUGUAUUCCCAUGAUGAUUCCAGCAUUGAGAGUCAUCAAAAUGAAUCACUUGUUACCCUUGAUAAUGCAGGAAUAUUUUACAUCAUCCUCAUUUUAGGUUUAUAAGAGAGUGACCU